AAUGUCGAUGGCUGACGCGCUCCGACGCGAAUUGGAGAAACAAUUCUUUAAGGAACUCCGCAGAAGUUGGUGUCCUUGACUACCUCUCAGAGCAAUUGAGAUAGUAUCACGUAACUCCUCAUCACUCCUUCGAGGACACUGUGAGAGGAUGGAUCGGACAGUGCUUCGACAGAAAGAGCGCUUCCAGCUCAGCUACGAACUCCCUCACGAAGCCUACUUUUCUCACGUCUACCCCCGCCAGUCGUCGAAUGGUUCAACGGUGAUCAUCUAUGGCCAUGAAGAAGGUCUGCGCCUUGCCUGGUACGCUGGAAAGCCGUUCAAACCAACCAAGAAGGAUGCUGCACCACCCAAGGUCAACGGGACUGCGAGGAAGGAUGCUAUGGUGAUUGAUCUCGACGACGAUGACGAUGAGCCGGGGCCAAAAGAAGCACCAACAGCACCUGCAGAGUUCGAGGAAGAGGACGAGGAGAUUGAACCAACCGCGCCAUACCGAGACAUUCUUCGAUAUGUUGACAUACCCCUAGGCACAGCAGCUAUGCGCAUUGCAGUACCUCACAUCCCAAAAGACCCUACACAGAUUUCGUCUGAAUCAUGGCCUGCAAUUUACAAAGAGCGCAUUCUAGUAGCUGUUGCCUGCUCAGAUGCCAGCAUUCGCGUCAUAUCAGCUCCUCUUGAUCCUCCAGCUAUAGGGGUGGAGGAUGUCUCGAAGAUGGACGUGCAGGUGCUAAAGAUAUUCGGACCGACUUCACAUCAAGAAUUCAUUUCAGAUAUAGCUGUCACACAUACAACGGGCAUCUCGCACGACCAAGAUGACGUCGAGAGACAACCACGAAAUACAACUCAAGAUGGUACACAACCCAAAUCGACGUCUUCCUCUGAGACACCACAAUGGUCCCUUUUGAUAGCAACGGUAUCCUGCUCGGGAGGAGGGCUCCUGUUAGUCCAUCAGGUGCCGAUCCAGAGCAGCAAAAUGCUUUCAACCGCUCCCGAGCAUUUCUUGCCGAUCAGAAGACACCAUUUACGUGCAUCGACCAUGAGUGCGAAACUUGCUUUCAAUCCAUCCCCAUAUCCUGCCGAGCGACACUCCAGCUUGCUGAUCACAUUGCCUGCCGCUUCAUGCAUCAAGCUAUUUCAGGUAUUUCCCACAUCUCCAAGAGAGCGCAGAGGGUCCACAGCAACUACCGACUCCGCGUCUACCAUGCGAUCAGUACGGACAGCUGGCGGAUCACGAGGAAAAUUUCUCAUGACCUUCCUGCCGACUUUCACCCAAGAAGCCGACGCUGCCGGCCCGAGAAGGAAAAGUGUUCUUGACGCACAAUGGGUUGCUGGUGGUCGAGCCGUCAUUGCACUCCUCGAGGAUGGUGAAUGGGGAAUUUAUGAUCUCGAAGCAGUUGGACCUAUGUCUUCAAAUACAGGAGGCAACCUUAUUCGCGGACAAGGAAACAUUUCUGGUAUCCAUGGCGGAUCUCUGACCAAAUUUGCAAUUCGAUCUACCAUUUCGCCAGCCGAGGAAACCAAACAAAAGACAUCAAACGCUGAGUCUCAGCCGGCAACAGGUACGUUGGCACCAAUGACGCCGUCAACACGUAAAGCACGCUCCGAAGGAUUAUUCCACGGAUCCAAGCGGAACAAGAGCACAUCGGAAUCUCAGAGUCGACGAGGAAGCAUCUAUGUUGAUGGAAACCACUCAAAUCGAACUCACGAUGAGUCCGCGGUCAUCAGCUACGCGGGCCAAGACAUUUACAUUUCCUCCAUCUCCUCGUUUUGGAAAUCAGAGCUCAAACCCACCCGACUCCCAACAAUGAAGACGGGCGGUCAGCAAACCCGAUCUUUGAGCCUGCUGCCCCGAUCCAGCGGCAAUGGCGGUGGCUCCGCAGGCCUUUUCGGUCUCGCAACAUCCACCCCUGACUUUCUCAUUCAAACUGAUCACCGCCUCAUCUUUUCCGUCAAUCCACUCAGUGAAACCACAAGCACCUCAACUCAGACAGCACUAUCCCUCGCCCCAGAAGCCUUCGACCAAGCCCUCCUGGCGAGUGGAGAAUUAGACGUCGACGGCAUGGACCGGGUAUUGGAGCAGAUGGGCGGCAGCGGCGGCCUGGCUGCGUCGGUAUCAAAACCGAUGAACAUCUUCACCAAAAGCGUUGGAUUUCAGAUCGACGACGACGAAGACGAGGACGUCGAGAUGGCGUCCCCCACACCUGCCAAAUUCUCCUCGUUCAAGCCCAGAAAUUGGUCCAGACCGUCGACUGGAGCUCCAAAAACGCAGCGGAGGAUCUUUACCUAGAGAAAGCGGGCCACAGUCUAAACCAUACUCAUACUUUCCCCAAGGUCUGCCACAGACUGACGUCCUCUUGAAAGCAUAUCCUGACAUUUGAGGAAAACACGUGGCUUGUCCUCUUUAUGUACGAUACCCCGG